AUGAGAUUUAACAAUCCAUUUCCAGCAUAUACUGAGACUGAGAAAAGUAUUUAUCCAGUGGUGUUGACUUUUCCAUGGGAUAAUAUCGCGCUUGUUCAAAAGGUUGAGCAAUUAUUCACACAAUACUUUACAAGGCCAACACCUUCCAAGAGCAUGUUGGACUUAUUUGGCCCAGUGUCACCAGUGGGCACAUCAAAUUUUCUAGGGAGUGCAAGUUUGUCUCCAGAAUCAGCAGAAUCUCCUCAAGUCAACACCUCUAAAGGAAAUAAGGACUUUCUUAAAUAUUUCUGUGGAUUUGAGAUUUGUGACGGAAGGAAACGAUUACUCACGGUAGAGGUUACAUCUAAGGAUGCUCUCCGAUUUUUCAUCGACCGUGUAGAGAAUUAUUGUAACAAGGAAUCGCUCCCUGUGAAGAUCAUGUAUGACUUUUCGUGUUUUUACAGCAACAGACUCUAUGAACAAUUAAUUGGGGUUAGUUCAAAAUCUGGCGAUAAAGUCGAAGAGAAAAAAGGAGCUGGAAGAAGACCAUCCAUGCAAGUGAUACCAGUAGAUGACACAAAGAAAGGUAUUACUCGAUUAAGACUUCAAGAUACAUUUGAAAAUAUUUUAUCUUCCAAAGAAAUUUAUAUCAAGAACAAGAAAGCUGAAGAUUUAAAAAUUUUGGCAGCUCUAUCCAAAGUUUAUAGUAUUUUCUCUUCCGAUUCCAUUGAACAAGUGAUUGAAAAUGGCCUUCUCCCUGACUCUUGUAAUUUAAUGAGCAUUAAGGAACGAUUUUGUGAUGAUAACCUUAUUGAUGUAGAUAAUUUAUUAGUCAUGAAUCAAAGGAAGAAAAAAUCAGAAGAUGAGGAAAUGCAAAAGACCAAACGGGAAACGGAACAUGAGGAAAUUUAUUCAGCUCCAGAAACUAUAGACGACUUGGGUCUUCAUUUGAACGAGGAAGUUGGAUUAGAAGGAAUUCCUCUUAUUGAAACACCAGCUCAUCUGCCUCCUGCUGAAAAAAUCAUUUUUGAAGGAGAAGAAAAACGAAAGAAGGCACGAGUCAGAGCUUUUAACACAAACCCUUCUGGAUAUACUUUGGAAGAGGUGUCACAACCUGAAAAGAAAUUUUGGAUCUACAUACCCCACCUCAAGGGUCACAUUGUUGCUGCAUUCCCUCCCAUGACCAAAGAGUUUCCUCCCUUUAAUUUACACAGCUACAUGACAGGAACAUUGAUUCGAUCCGAUCGAAAACAUCCACCUCCAAAAAUUAGGGCCUAUACCAACUUUGGAAGUAUAUCCACAAAGAGUAGAAAGCCCGAAAUUACCAUCUCUCCAGAUAUUGUGUAUUGUAUCAUGGUCAAUUCGUGGACACAACGAGCAAGUACGCAAAUCGAUAACAAACUCGACUACAAAUUAAGGCAAUCAAUGAGAAGUCCAACCUCUAAAAACUUCAUGCAUGAGAAUUUUCAAACUGUGCAUGAGCUAUCCAGACAUUCAUCUAAUUCCAAAUUUCGUGAAGAGAUGGAAAAGAGCUCUAAAAAGUACAUUACCAUACCGACCUAUCCUGAAGAACGAAAGAAUUUAGAAAAAACAUUAGAAUUACGGCAAACAACUCCUCCCUCUCAACCAUGGGUUAAUCGAGGAAAAACAACUUCAAGAGAAGACAAUCGUCAUCCCAAACAAUUGGAUCAAGCACGAAUUGAUGAAUUACACAUGAUUGAUUUAUUUGACAAGAAUCUUUCGACCAUGUUGAGAGAAAGUUCAACAACGAGCUUAUCAGCAGCAGGUGGUACAUCCAAACGCACAGGAAAUGGUGUCACCAAUUUCACCAAUCCUUCCCUAUCCUCUGUCAAGCUUCCAAAAAUUAAAUAA